CAUGGGAAACACUCGGUUCAUUCUGGCUCUUAUGGUGGUGGUGUUGCUGCCUAAUUUUGGGGUUUCAUUCUCUAUGAAAUCAACAAUCAACAUCAGUUCAGGCCAAUUGGCUCUUCUUGCGCUGAAAGCCCGUGUCAACAGUGAUCUUCUGGCUACCAACUGGUCAACUGCUACCUCUAUUUGUAAUUGGGUUGGUGUCACUUGCGGAUCUCGGCACCACAGAGUCAUUGCUUUGGAUCUAUUUGGCAUGAAUCUCUCUGGCACCAUACCACCAGACAUGGGAAAUCUGUCUUUCGUUGCUUUCCUCGACAUUGGAAACAACAGUUUUCAUGGUUCAUUGCCUAUCGAGUUGGCUAAUUUGCGUCGGUUGAAAUAUUUAAUUUUGUCUAACAAUAAUUUCAACGGGGGAAUCCCAUCCUGGCUUGAUUCCCUCUCUAAACUUCAAAACUUGAGUCUUAAUGGUAAUAACUUUGUGGGAGUUAUUCCAUCUUCUUUGUGCUUUUUGUCAAAACUAGAGUUCUUGAAGUUGAAUAACAACAAUCUGCAAGGACAUAUCCCCGUGGAAAUUGGAAAUCUGCGUAACUUGCGAUUUUUAUAUUUACACCGCAAUCAACUUUCAGGCUCCAUACCUUCCUCAGUCUUCAGCAUAUCUUCAUUGCUAGAGAUUUUUCUCGGAGAGAACCAGCUAAGUGGUUCCAUACCUUCCAUCCCACUCAAAAUGUCUUCCCUGCAGACAAUUUAUUUAUCAUUGAAUAACCUCACUGGUCAUAUCUCAUCAGAUAUGUUUGAUCGUUUACCACAAUUAAAAAAGCUUGGUUUGAGUGACAACCACCUCUCUAACUCAAUUCCAAUGGGUUUAUUCAAUUGUCGAAAGUUAGAAAUAUUAUCCUUCUCUUAUAAUGAUUUGGAGGGGACUAUACCAGAAGAAAUAGGGAAUUUGACGAUGCUUAAGCUUCUGUUUCUUGGAGGCAACAACCUCAAAGGUGAAAUUCCACGACAAAUUGGCACUCUGCUGAAUCUGGACGCAUUAGGUAUAGAAAGAUGUCACCUAAUAGGGCCUAUUCCUUCCAUUAUUGGUAACUUGACACUUUUGAAAGUACUUUUAUUUGGCGAGAAUAAUUUGACAGGUGAAAUUCCACAACAGAUUGGUAACCUAACACUUCUGGAAAUACUUGAA